AUGGAGGAGGAAGCGGACUCUCCGCUCCUUCGCUUUCUGAUCGACCUUCUCAAGCCCAUAUCGGAGGCGGAUCCGGCGCUGCUGGCGAACUACGUGGUGGCGCUGCUGAAGAACAGCAAGCCGCACGACGAGCUGCGCCGCCUCUGCCUCGACCAGCUCCAGGACUUCCUCACCGACGAAACGGAGGGUUUUGUAGCGAAGCUGUUCGACGCCCUCGAGCGCGGGGAGAUCUCGCUGGAAGACGCGGAGGAGGAGACCGCGGGGGAAGACGACGACGCGGACAAGAAGCGCAGUCGGGGGGACGACGCGGAACCCGCGGAAACGAAUGAGUCUGCGAGGGACGGGGGACGAGGCGGAGGGAGGAGCGGAGGCAGGCGGGGAGAUGGCGGGCAGCGGGGCGCGGAUGAGGAGGGGGAUAGGGGGAGAGGGGGCAAGAGAAGUGGCACGUCGCGAGAAAGGGGGGUGAGGGAGAGGGCAUCGGGGGAUGAAGAGAAGGAGCGGGACGAAGAUAAGGGUAAAGGCGGGGAGAGGGGCGAGAGGGAGUCUUAUCCCGCGGCUGAAGCGGAGGCGGAAGAGAGGGCGGAAGCAGGCGGGGAGGAGCGGGAGGAGGAGGAGGAAGGGCGACGGAAGCGGCACGAGGAGGACGAAUCGAGCGAUGACGACGACGACAGGAACCACAAGCACAGGCGGAGAGGCGGCGAGCGCACGUUCCGCGACGAAGGCGCGGCGGGGGAAGGAGCGCGCAGCAGAGAUCCCGCGGAAGGGCGCGGUAGCGUGCACUCGCGCCUAGAGGGCGCGCGGGAUAGAAGAGGAGGUGACUUCAGCGGGGGUGGCGCAGGCAGGUCGUUCCGCAGCCGCGACGGCCCCCGUUCCUUCAGGCCGGGGGAUGGGGGCGGCAUGGGCGGAAGGGGAGGGCCCAUGGGGCGGGAUUUUCCCCGCGUGGGGGGACCUGGUCCGGGGCAGCCGAUUCUAGGUCCACAGAUGGGCAUGCCGCGGUUCCCCAUGGGGGGAAUGCCAGGGGGAAUGGGGGGGCGCGCGGGCCUCCUCAGGGGCAUGCCUGGGCGCUUUGAUGGGGGCCCGGGGAGGGGCAUGGGGGGAGAGCAGUGGGGCAUGGGGGGAGCAGCGGGCGCAAUGCCUGGUAUGUUACCCAGCCGGGUCGGGCCUGGGAUCCCUCCCCCCGGCCUCCCUGGGGCGCCUAUGCCUGGCGCGGGAAUCGCAGGGGCAGGUCCGGGCAUGGGGAACGGCAUGGGCGGGGGCAUGGGGAGGGGGUUCUUCCCUGGGAGGGGCGGGGGAGGGGGUCCGGGGCUUAUCAGACCAGGGUUCGGCGCAGGGGGGCCGGGGUUUGGAAUGUUCCCAGGGGGCGGGGGCGGGGGAGGGAUGCCGGGAAUGGGCGGGGGAAGGAUGGGCGCAGGCGGAGGGGGAAGGGGCGGGAGGGGAGCAGGCGAGGAAGGGGGUGCGGGAAUGGUGGGCGGAGGGGGAGCAGGUUCGGGGGGGCCCACGGGGAAGCGCGCGCGGUGCCCUGACUUUGAGGAGAAGGGGUUCUGCCUGAAGGGCGACCUGUGCCCGCUGGACCACGGCAACUACCGCAUCGUUGUGGAGGACAUGCAGUCCCUGCAGCAGCUCAACCUUCCUCUCCCGCCACAAUCCCUCGGCAUGCCGCCAAACUCGGCCGCCCAGCCGCCGCCCAGCCAGCUGGCCGGCACACGGCGACCGAGAGCAGAAGGCGGCAGGGGCGGCAGAGGAAGAGGAGGGGAAGGAGGGGGACGAGGAGGAGGCGAGAGCGGGGCAGGGGAAGGCGGGGAGGAGCAGGAGGGGGUGGGGGUAUCGGCAGCAGUGGACGGGGGGGAAGGGGUGAUGGCAGACGAGGGGGAGCAUUACGACCCGGACGAGGCUCUGUGGGUGCAUGACUCCAAGAGGGCCAAGGGCAUGAGGGAAGUGCGGGCGUACGGGGGCGAUGGGGCGGACGGGAACGGGCGCAUGCCGGGGGGCAGGCGGGGUGCGCCUGGGGAGGUGAGCGUGUGGGACCGGAUUGGGCCUGUAGGUGCUGGUGGGAGGGGCGGGGGAGGGAUGGGCGGUGGUGAUGGGGGCAUGGGGGCAGCAGGUGGGGAUGUGGGGAUGGAAUAUACUCCUGACGGGGGCUUUAACAUGGGGUACAAUCCGCAGUUCCCAGGGAAUUUCGGGGGUGGAAUGGGGCCGGAGUUUGGAGGGAAUGGAGCGGGGGAGGAAGGACCGGGCAUGGGACCGGGCAUGGGACAGGGAGGGUAUGAGAGGAGAGGGCCACCAGGGGAAGGGGGCUGGCAGGGGGGACAGGGGCAGCCCGGGCGGGGGGGCAGAGGAGACUGGGGGGGGAGAGGAAGAGGGGAAGGGGGCAUGGGCGGGAGAGGCCGUGGGGGAGGCAGCGAGCGGAACUCCGACCAGAAAGCCCACAUGACCGUCUUUGUGAACGGCAUUCCGUCAGAGCUCACAGCAGGCAAGGGCCUUCAAGCAUCCCUGAUCAAGCACUUCUCAAAGUUUGGUCCCGUGGUGGAUAUCAAGGUGCAUGGGGACAAGGGCCGUGCGUUUGUGCAGCUGGGCGCGAGGGAGCAUGCAGCAGCGGCCAUAGCAGCUCCAGAUGCGGUGCUGGGGAAUAGGUUUAUUAAGGUGUUCUGGGCUAACUUUGAUCUUCAACCUGAUCCUGCCUCUGCUGCUGCUGCGGCAGCGGCGACUGCCGCUGCAGCGGCUGCUGCGGCUGGUUCGGUCGGGGAAGGAGGCCCGGGAGCAGGGACAGGGGUGGAGGGUGGGAAAGGGAGCGGCAAGGGUGAUGCUAGUGCUGGGAAGGGUGGGGCGAGUGCAGGGGGGUCAGCGGCAGCAGCAGCAGCAGUUGACCCAGCAGAGGCAGCAGCAAAGGCGAAGGCGAAGUUGGAGGAGUUGAGAGCGAUACAGAAGAAGAAAGAGGCGCUGCUGCGGGAGCAGAUUGAGAAGCGCCGGCUGUACCUGGAGCGACUCAAAGAGGCCAGCCAACAGAAACAGCCCACUGCUGCUGCUGCUGCUGCUCCAGGUGCCUCCCCAGGUGCUGCUUCAGGUGUUUCCACGGCAGCAGGUGGCAGCGCAGCGCAGGCAGCAACAGGCGGUACAGCAACUCCUGCUGCAGGUGCCACUACAGGUGACGCUGGGGCAGCACGUGUGGGGGCAGGAGCAGCAGGGGCGGAGGGAGCAGCAGCAGGAGCAGCAGCGGCAGUGGCAGCAGCAGCAGCAGGGGGCAAAGCAGUGGGCGCGUCUCCCAGUGCCCCGUUUUCCCCUCACUCUCCUGCCGGCCCAGCACCCUACAUGGGCGGCAGAGGGAGAGGGCGGGGCGGGUACGGUGGUUAUGGAGGCGGGUACCACUACGGGUGGAGCGGAGGGGGGGGGGGGGGCGGGAGCGGGUGGGGGCGCGCCAGCAUGCUAUGGGAGCACUUCAGUGCGUGUGGGGAGGUGGUGAGCGUCGAGGUGGAGGGCGGCGGCACAGCUGUCACGCCGACCAGCGCCGUCCGCGUGCGCUUUGCAUCUCGUCCCGUAGCGGAGUAUGCGUAUAUGAACGGGAGGGUGCUGGCGUCAGAGACCACCAUACCAUCUGUAGCCGCUACAGACGCCGCGCCGGCUGUAGCAGUGGACGAGAGCAACGUCUCGACUGCUCUUGGCACAGCCACGUAUGUGACUGCCACGUAUCGUGCAUCUGAGGCAGGUGCAUCCACAACAGGCGCUGUGCUGGAUGCGCUGGGGCGAGAGGUGGAGAGGGCUUGGGGAAGGGGAGGAGGAGAAGGGAGCGCGGGAGGGGAGAGCAUUCCUUUCUUUGGGUGCGUGGUUGGUGGCAGCAUGGCGCAUGGGCCAUGGGGCGGCGAGGGGGAGAUCAUGGGGGAGGCACUCACAGGUAGAGUAGGCCGUAGCGAUGCGCAUGGCAUGGGGAACCACAGCAGGGAUGAUGCUGAUGCAGAUGAGGGUGAGGGGGAGGGGGAGGGAGAGGGAGAGGCAUUGGAGUGGGAGGAGGUGGUGAUGGCGGCGGCAGCGGACAAGGUGAUAGAAGGCGUGGUGCUGCUGGAGCUGAUUGAAGACGCUGACCACAUCAUCCGGGAAAUGGCCGCUUUUGCCCCGCACGAGGAGGGAACGCAGCUGGGCGAGGAGGACACGCAGGAGAGGCACGAGGCAGGGAAGGUGACUGGGGAGCUCAACUGCGGCCAGUUCAGCCCUGCGGCUUCCCCUGUGACCGCCUCCUCUGUUCUCUCCGCUCCUCCUUUCGCAGAACCCUCUAACUCGUUUGCUGAGUCUAUCCGAGCAAUCACAGAGGGCCACGUGGCACAAUCUGAGGGCGCGGUUACCCAGCGCCUGGAGGCAGCUUCCAGGAGAUUUCUGGGGCUUGCAGAGGGCCUGCAGACGCGUUUAGAGGCGCCUCAGUACAAGCUGCAGGGGCUUGCGGACUCCAUACAGGAGCGAAUCUGGCCCAACAAUGGAACCGUGCAAGGAAAAGAGUUGCUGUCAGCAAGAGGAGCUGUUUCGUCUAGAGGGGAUGGUGUGACUGAGAGGCUGGAGGGGAGAGGAGAGGAAGAGCGGGAGGUGGUGGUGGUGGUGUGCGCUGCUGCCAUGCCCAGUGUGGACGUGCAGGCCUUUGAGAUUGAGGGAGACGCGUUUCCGGAUCUGGGCGGCAACAUGGCGCACAUGGUGACAAGCAACGCUGCCCAUUUUGUGGUUGCAGGGACGGGAGGUAAGGGGCCCUCUCCCUGCACUUGUCCCCCCCCCAUUGCUGCCGCCCCUCCCUGCAGGCCCCUCACUGCCCAGGCUCCUCACGCGCCUGCACACCAUCUUCCCCCACUCCUCCAGGUGAACCCGCCUAACCCCCUCUCCUCGCCCCAUUCCUACUCGCCCCAUUCCUCCUCGUCCCAUCCCAUCCCUCUCACCCCACCAUGUGGUGGCUUUCCUCGCCAUGCCACAUUGCAUGCAACACUUUCUGCCACAUCACGUGCCACAUAUCAUGCGCCAUUGACUGACUCGCAUGUCUUUGCCGCCACCGUCCGUCCGUUCUGCCUCUCCCCCCACAGGGCAUCGCUGCUCACCCACAACCAUGCUGUCCACAUGCACCGCGCCUGCGCGGCAUCGCCCCCAAACGGCUCCACUGCCGGCCUCUGCUUCUCCCUGAGCCCCUCUGCGGAGCAGCAGAGCAGCGAUGCCCUGCAGGCGUGCUUCACGCACUUCAUCCGCCACCUCACCCUCCCCCUCACCCCCGCCACGAGCCUCUGUGCCUCCUCACCUCCCUCGCUCACCACUGCAUCUGCUGCUCUAAGCAUGGACAUGCCUGCAAGGGGAAUUGCACCCCCUGCCCCCUGGCUUCGUGUUAAAACCCUCUGCUCGUCGAUAAGAGCAGCAGCGUCGAGCGCGGAGGGCGGAAGCAGCGGCGUGUCCGUCGCACAGGCAGCUCCCGUGAAUGGAGCAUCUGAGCCGACCGUUUCGGCCGAGUCAGGCGGAGCGGGAUCGAGCGAGGGGAAGGCUGCUGUGAGAAAGCGUCUCGUUUCAGGCGUCCAGCCGACGGGAAGCAUUCAUUUGGGAAACUACUUGGGCGCAAUCAAGAACUGGAUCCCGCUGCAGGACGAGUGUGACACAUUCCUCUUUGUGGUCGACUUGCACGCAAUCACGCUACCCCAUGACGUGGACGACCUCUCACGCUCAUCGCGCACAGCAGCAGCCAUGUACCUGGCGUGCGGGGUGGACCCCUCCAAGGCCACCGUGUUUGUACAGUCGCACGUACGAGCACACGCGGAGCUGACGUGGCUGCUGUCGUGCACGACGCCCAUGUCAUGGCUCAACAAGAUGAUUCAGUUCAAGGAGAAGGCGCGCAAGGCGGGCGAGGACGUGGGAACAGGGCUGCUCACCUACCCCCUUCUCAUGGCGGCAGACAUCCUCCUCUACCAGUGUGAUGUGGUACCGGUGGGCGAGGAUCAGAGGCAGCAUCUGGAGCUCACCAGGGAUGUGGCUGCACGGAUCAACAACCUCUAUGGCGGCCGCAAGUGGAAGAAGCGUGGAGGGCGGGGCGGCAGGGUGUUCAAGGUGCCUGAAGCCAUGAUCCCCCCUGCUGGAGCUCGCAUCAUGUCCCUCACAGACGGCACUUCCAAGAUGUCCAAGUCAGCCCCGUCGGACAUGUCCCGAAUUAACCUGCUCGACCCUCCUCAAGUGAUAGCCAACAAGAUCAAGCGCUGCAAGACUGACAGCUUCACCGGCAUGGAGUUUGGCAAUCCGGAGCGCCCCGAGUGCCAGAACCUGCUGUCCAUCUACCAGAUCGUCACCGGGAGAACCAAGGAGGAGGUGGAACAGGAGGUGGGGGCGCUGAGCUGGGGGCAGUUCAAGCCGCUGCUGGCAGACGCCCUUGUUGCUCACCUAGAGCCAAUCCAGAAACGGUACGAGGAGGUGACAGCAGAUGCAGCAUAUCUGGAUGAGGUGCUGGCAGGGGGAGCAGCACGAGCCAAUGAGAUUGCUGACCGCACACUAAGGGACACAUAUGACGCAUUGGGAUUUUUGGCCCCUCCACGUAGAUAA